CCUCUAGCGUGUUUCGCGUCUAGGUACUAAUAAUAUAUAGUCAUUGUUUCCAACCACUGAGCGUGUUUCGCGUCUAGCUUCUAACAAGGAGACAUAUGAAGUCAAGGCAGGCGGGCUGCGUGACAUGCUGAUCACCACGGAAAGCAAGCUAAUUUCGUCCUCGCGGUUGGCGGCCACUCGCCAGACGUUCUUGCUUGUCCGUCCGUGGGAUCGUUCCCUUCUCGAUCUGCCUGAUUCUGCAGACGGGAUGGAGAGAAUGGAAGAUGUCCCUGUGUUCAGGUCUGUUGGAGAAAACGAGCCCGCUGAUUCGGAAUCUCAAUUGCGAGCAUUGCGAUUGACUGUUCGCCUCGGACAGCCAUUUCGCACAUUUUUGUUAGCUCAGCAAUGCAGUGGAGAAUACACGAGAGUCGCGACGGAUUUUGAUAUUGUUGCACAAGUCGAAGGCAUGGCUUCUGUUCGUAGUAUGAUGGACGUCAGGACACUUGAGAUAUUGUAGUUGUAUUUUGAAGAACGGAGAUUUCAUUUGUACCCUGACAGUACCUUACUUACAUAUAUACGGAAUUACCCCUUUGUAUUGGUAUCGUAUACUGGCUCACCCACAACUCACCCAGGAAAGAAUCUACUUUGUUGGGUAAAUGUCCU